CGCCGUAGAGCCCCUGUUGCCAUGGCUCCGAAACUCGUAGCAGACGCGCAGAGAAGUGCCUGUGAAGGGUGAAGGGAGUCUUUGGGGUCCUGUUCCGGCUUCCCGGCCCAGCGAACCGGAGAACCGCCAUGGGCCGCACCCCUGCCGGGAACCCGCGGACUGGCCGGGCAGCGGGCCUUUCCGAGGCUCAGGCUCCUCGUCCGUAAGGCGGGCGGGAUGCAGAAGCCGGAGAACCCGGGCUCAGACCUGCCGAGGAGGGCGAAGGGCUUCCCGCACGUCAGGCUCCUGCCUGCUCCUCGCCACGCUGCGCGGCCCUGGUCUGCUCCGUGCCUUGGAGCCGCCGCCUUCGGACUCUCGGGAAGACGGUGGAGCCUGGUGGUUGAGGUCACAGAAGAUCUUAUUAGGCGGAAUGCCGAACACAAUGACUGUGUAAUUUUUUCCCUGGAGGAACUCUCCUUGCAUCAGCAAGAAAUAGAAAGACUAGAACAUAUUGACCAAUGGUGCCGGGAUUUAAAAAUUCUCUAUCUUCAAAAUAAUCUCAUUGGGAAAAUUGAAAACGUUAGCAAACUCAAGAAACUUGAAUAUUUGAAUUUAGCUUUAAACAACAUUGAAAAGAUAGAAAAUUUGGAAGGAUGUGAACAGCUGACAAAACUUGACUUGACCGUAAAUUUCAUUGGCGAGCUGAGCAGCGUUGAAACCCUGAAGCAUAACAUCCAUCUAAAGGAGCUCUUCCUCAUGGGGAACCCGUGUGCUGACUUCGAUGGCUACAGGCAGUUUGUGGUGGCCACUCUUCAGCAAUUAAGGUGGUUGGAUGGUAAAGAAAUAGAGCGUUCAGAAAGGAUUCAGGCAUUGCAGAACUAUCCGGUAGUUGAACAAGAAGUCAGAGAGCAGGAGAAAGCUUAUUGCCUCCAACGAGCCAAAGACAAAGACGAGGCUCAGAGGAAACUUCAAGAAGAGUAUGAAAAUGAAGAAAAGAAGAAAAGAAGUAACCCAGGCUUUGAUGGACGUUGGUACACAGACAUCGAUGCCACUCUCCCAUCUUCUUUAAAGAGCAAAGAUCACCUCCAAGGGCCAGAAAUACAAGAAGAAGAACACAGCAAAGAGAAAUUAGGUGGAAGUGAUGAUGACCUGGAAUUCUGGAAUAAACCCUCUUUGUUUACUCCUGAAUCUAGAUUGGAAACUCUUAGGCAUAUGGAAAAACAACGGAAAAAACAAGAAAAAUUAAGUGAAAAGAAGAACGUGAAACCACCCAGGCCUUUGAUCACUGAAGAUGGGCGAGCCCUGAAUGUCAACGAGCCCAAACUUGACUUUUCUUUGAAAGAUGAUGAAAAACGUAACCAGAUCAUCCUGGACCUGGCUGUCUAUAGGUAUAUGGAUACCUCUUUAAUUGAUGUUAAUGUGCAGCCAACUUACGUGCGAGUAACGGUCAGAGGAAAGCCAUUUCAGCUUGUCCUUCCUGCAGAAGUCAAACCUGAUAGCAGCUCUGCUCAAAGAUCUCAGACAACAGGGCAUUUGGUAAUCUGCAUGCCCAAGGUGGAAGAAGUGAUCACAGUUGGCCGGCGAACAUUCAAGUCUGUGAAAACUACCUUGGACAGCAGCAGAGAAGAAGCAAAUCAGAGAAGCAAGAAAACUGAGAAACUGGAAGUGGAUCCUAGCAAGCAUUCAUUUCCUGAUGUGACUAACAUAGUUCAAGAGAAAAAACGCACACCCAGAAGACUGGAAUCUGAACCCAAAAUUAUACCAAGUGAAGAAGAUCCAGACUUUGAAGAUAACCCUGAAGUGCCUCCAUUGAUUUGAAACAUCAGACUGUGUUGUUGUCCUUGGCUGUGACCCGCCAGGGCCAGUUUUCUCAGUGCAGAGAGUGUAUGCCUAUCAUUUAUGGUGUAAACACAGAGUUAUUGAUCACUAUUACAACUCCGAUGUUUUAACUGCUAUUUUGCCUAGUAGUAUUCUCAUAUUGGUUUAAAAUUAAAAUGUGUACCUUAAAUAUGCUGUAACUUCUCACUUGACUGUAAUGAAGGGUUAGCUAGCAAAAAUGCUCAGUAAAAUCACAGAACAAUUACAUGAAGCAUUGAUUAUAAAUCACAGAACUGCCCGCUUGUGCAAUAGAUGAAGUCAUAGAUAAAAGAACUGAUUAUUAAAUUGGUGCUUCAGCAGAUUGGUCAAGCUCAGAAGUUAAAACUGUAAUUUCAGGCUCAAUUGUAAUGCUUUAAUACGAUUUUAAACAGCAUUUCCAUUUUUCUUCUUAUGACAUGACUGCUUUAUCUGGUGGCAUGGUACAAUGGCAAACCUCUUCACUGUGAAAUUAGACACCCUGAAUUGGAUCCCAGCUUAGUCACUUUGUAAAGACCUUCAGCAAAUCUGUUAGCUCCUGGAGACUUCGUGGCUUCAUCUAUAAUGGGGGAAUCAUGUACUUGCCUCAUAGGUUCUUUUUGGGAUGAACUGUCUGAAGUGUCCAUGGGAUGUUCCAAGUCCCCAUCUCCCCUCCUCUCCGGCUCCUUUUUCUCUGCUACCUCAGUCAUGUUUCUUUUCUCCUCCAUUUCUCCACCUUCUUCCUUCCCACUCUACUUUUUCUCCCCCACAUCUUUCUGUACUUU